AUGGCAUCGAACAGUUCGCAAAAUCCUUUGAAUUUGAACCCAGGCGGAAGUUUCGAUCAGUAUCUUGGAAGCAUUGGAUACUACGUUACAGAAAUACAAUACUAUUACAGUCCUCAAGUAGCACAAAUCCUAACAAAAGUCGGUUGUCUGACGGACCUAAAUCUAGAUAACAAUCCGAACAUGCAAGAGAAUUAUUAUUUGCUCUGCGAACCGAUCAAAAAAUAUAAGUGUGAAAUACAUGUAUGCUUGCAGCUCUCGGAAGAAUCUUCGAGAGACGAUACCAGUUAUCCAUUUACCAGAGAAACCAUGGCGAUAAAAGGCUCUGUGAUAACCAGUGGAAAUUUGGAGCUGCAACAUUUGAGUUUGAGCUUUAAUUGUUUAACGAAUAAGACGUUGAAGAAGCUGGUAUCGUGUUUGUACUAUCAGAGUUACAUGCUGUUAGAUGAUUCCACUAGGGGAUUGCUGCACGUUUCUUUAGAGAACAGCCAAAUCCAAAAGGACGAAGACUGGACGACGUUCCAAGAGCUUUUACGGCGCAGGCAAAGUGAUCAUGUAAGUCACGAUGAGGACCUCAAGGACCUCGUGCCAGUGGAGAGCACGGUGCUGCGGAGCAAAGUCAGCGUAUGA